GAGCGCAGGAGAACAAGAGCAGUAGGGAUUUUUGAAAUAAGAUAGUGUGUUAAUGCAUGGGGAAAGUGAGAGAGAGAGAGAGAGAGAGAGAGAGAGAGAGAGAGAGAGAGAGAGAGAGAGAGAGAGAGAGAGAGAGAGAGAGAGAGAGAGAGAGAGAGAGAGAAAAAUUAAGCUAUUUCCUUCUGCCCUUGAGCGCGUAGGACAAAACUGAUAUCGUAAAAAGUAGGGUAACAUGAACAGACGCAAUGCCUUUCCUGAAAAAGUAUUGAAAUAUGAUAUAUUUAGAAGUAAUCUAUUGCGCGUACGGGAUGUAGUCGGUAUCAUCAUAACGACGCACUGCUUUCCUCAAAAGUAUCAAACAGAAGAGAAACAAACAGAAGGGGAGAGCAUCUAAUCUAAUCAUCUUACUGAAGGGAAUACAGUUAAGUACAGUGACGUUAAGCUUCUUUUUAACGACGAACCAAGGUACAACCGCAGGCUUCAGAAUGCUGACAACACUUUUGCAAAGGGAUGCACCCAUGGCAGAAUAUGAACAUGCCUACCUUCUCGGAGCAAUUUGCCAAAAAUGGAGCAUGUAAACCCAUCAUUUGAAUGACAUUAAACUCAACAAAAUCUCAUCAAGAGGGAGCUUCUGAGUGGACCGCGGGAAUAUUCUAAAUGGUAUAGGCUACUCAUGGACAUGCGACUGCUUUUACUGUGACUUGCCUGGAGUGCCAAAGGUGUUUGAUCUGAGCAAGAUUUGCAUGUCACCAAUAUCAAACACAACAGGCUCCUUUUAAAGUGCAACUAACUAUACUUUAAAGGAAUGCUUUCAUUGAUGUAAUUUCAACGUAGGACAACACAUAUUUCGAAACUAAAGUACAUGUAGCUUAUUUGGGAAGGCAUAGGCCUAGAUUUGUAUAGACAUCCAGCAGAGUUAAGUUGUAUCCUACAAGCGGCAGGUGUCUCAACAUGAAAACAAAACGGAUUCGAAGCUGAUCCUCUCUGUGUGUGGACCGACGGUGGCACAUCUUGCCUCCCUCCAGACACUCGGUCUUGGACGAUGGAUGUGGUCUCUACGAGUGCCAUGCUCUCACAGGUGGUCUUUCUUCUGCACUUUGUGACUUUGACACUUGGACAGUAUGACAUAUGCAAGAGUCUGGUUAGUAUGGAUAAUGGACAGACAUGGGAGUUUUACGCAUGCCAACCCAAACCCACGGCUAUGAAGGAGUUCAUGCAAAUUACGGUGGAUCCCCUUGGCAUCACUUGCGGCAAUCCCCCGGAGAGGUUCUGUACUCUGGAGAACCCGUACCUGUGUAGUGACGAAUGUGACGCCUCCAACCCGGACCUGGCUCACCCUCCCCAGCUGAUGCAGGACCGUGAGAGCAGUGGCCUCAUCACCUACUGGCAGACGGUGACGUGGAGCCGCUACCCGGAGCCCCUGCUGGCCAACAUCUCCCUGGCCUGGAACAAGAGCUUGGAGCUGACCGAUGACAUCCAGGUCACUUUCGAGUAUGGCCGCCCCACCAUCAUGGUGCUGGACAAGUCCCUGGACAAAGGGCGCACCUGGCAGCCCUACCAGUUCUACGCCGAUGACUGCAUGGACGCCUUCGACAUGCCCGCCAAGCGGGUGCAGGACCUGUCGGCCACCAAUGUGACGCGGGUCAUCUGCACAGAGCAGUACUCUCGCUGGGUGGGCUCCAAGAACGAGAAGGUGCUGCGCUUCGAGGUGAUGGCGCGCUUUGCCAUCUUCGCAGGGCCCAAGCUGCUCAAUAUGGACAGCCUGUACACACGCAUGGAGAGUAUGAAGGGCCUGAGGGACUUCUUCACCUUCACCAACCUGAGACUGAGGCUGCUGAAGCCGGCCUUGGGGGGAACCUACGUCCAGAGAGACAACCUCCUCAAAUACUUCUACGCCAUCUCCAACAUAGAUGUACCAGCCAGGUGUAAGUGUAACCUCCAUGCUGGCCAGUGCACCUUUCGGGAGGGCAGCCUGCAGUGUGACUGUGAGCACAAUACGACGGGCCAGGACUGCACUCGCUGUGAGAGGGGCUUCAAAGCCAAGUCAUGGAAACCUGGAUCCUACCUACCCACCCCCAACGGAUCCCCCAAUACCUGUGAGGCUGCUGGGACUCUUGGCAACUGUGAGUGCUAUGGCCACUCGAACCGCUGCAGUUAUAUUGACUUUAUCAACAUCGUGACUUGUGUCAGCUGCAAACACAACACUAGGGGGCAGAACUGUCAGCACUGUCGACUGGGAUACUUCCGGAAUAUCUCUGCCGAGCUGGACGAUGACAACAUUUGUAUAGAGUGUAACUGUAACCAGCUGGGGUCCUUCCACGCCCGCUGCAACGAGACAGGGUACUGCCAGUGUAGGGAUGGCUCCACUGGGACGAAGUGCGAGGACUGCCUGCCUGGAUACAGCUGGAGACAAGGCUGCUCCCCCAACGUCUGCGACGACGACAUGCUGCUGUGCCAGAAUGGAGGCACCUGCUUCCAGAACCAGAAGUGUCUGUGUCUGCCAGAGUACAAGGGCCUGCUGUGUGAGCAGCUGCUCUGUGAGGGAGAGAGGGGCUGCAGCGGUGCCUCUGCUUCCUACCUCAGCCUGGUUGCCAUGCUGAGUUGCCUUCUAGCCAACGCCCUGCUUAGACAAGUCACUGCUUGCUGAGCUACACCCGGGACAGCUGGAAUACACCUGGCUACAUUUUUGGGAUCCGCCAUUCGCAGUGCUUAGCUCAGUCUAACUGUACUGUUGCAUUCUGGGAGAGUGUUUGAGGGCUCCAGCCUUCGCCACGAUGAGACAGAGAGAGUUCCUCUCUAUGAAUGCCAGUACUGAAAGAACUUAUACCAAAAAAACAAAAUCACUAUCUUAGAAAAGUUUAGAGCGAAUUGUAUUGUCGUACAUCUAAGUUUGUUCUCACUGAUAUACUGCACUUACCCAACUUGCUUUCUGAACAGAGAUGGCUGUAAUCACUGCUGAGGUCUACUAAUGCCAAGUUUAUCUUACUCUCAAAUUCACAUUUCCUUACUUUGCUGCAUAGUUUAUUUGUUUCCUGGAACAAUCAUUGAACUGAAAAGUGGAGAAAAAGUAAACCUUUUUUGUGUGUUUGUUUUUUUACCAGAGUUGAUGUUUCAGUAGCUUGUGGUGGAGAAUCAAUUGUUGCAUGGAAAUCAUGAAGCAAAGAGAGAGAGUAUAACCAAUCCAAAUCAAACAAAUCUAUGUAUGAAUAUUUUUUUUGUAGAAAUUGUUAUUUUUGUUCCAAGUAAACGUUAUCAUUCUGAAGAAAAUGACCCAUGAUGAGCUUUUUAUUAUUCUAAAAAUUCCUGAGAAUGUGA